CGGCAUGCAGUUAUCAUUACAUCACUGUCAAAGUCAGUCCAUAGUGCUGUUGUUCUCAAUCAGUCGGGACACUCGUAAAUGUCCUCCUCCGCGGGAGGUCGCGGGCGUCCCCGCCUCGGUAGGACAUUGGGGAGAGUCUUUGGACCAGCGUCAGCUCGGGAGUUGCCACCACUUUGUGCAUAGCGACUCCAAUCCGCCUUCUGAGGCGACAUGGUGCUCGCAUUGUCGCUCGGAGCUUGUCUCAGCUGCGAUCUUGGCGGAAGUGGAACAGGGUUUGUGGCCUUCAUUUGUUCGCAGCUCUCGGUUGGGAGGUCUUUUCCCGCCAGCUUGUUGUCCAGAGAGACUGUCUCGUUUAUGUUGCUAAAAUGAAUCCCAGA